GUGAGCAUCAGAGAAAGACAGAAAUAGAGCGAUAAAGCAGUGAAUUAGGCAGAGGCAGAGCGAGGAGGAGGAGGCACACGGAGAGUCCUUCGCUGAGGCACUGAUGCUUCGUGCAGACAUUGUGACUGCUCGGUCUCGUCGUGCGUGGAUGUGAGGACCUUGUGGAUUUGAAUCUCUGUGGAAUUCAUUACAUCUGGAUCCAAAACGGAGAGGAUGCGAGCGCGGCUGGAUGCUGGGAUCCAUGUGGGCCUGUGACGUCUACCUUCUUCCCCAUCAGGAUGGCUCCAGCGGCACUGACCCAGAUUGUGGAGUCGUGGCUCCUGGCUGCUCGCUGCCCCUCGGGUGGUCUGUGAAUGUGAUGCGGACGAGGCGUGCUGCACACCUCGCCGGAGACCGCUCAGCCCGCUGCCUCUGCUGACAUCUGUCUCCGUGGAUACACGCAGCGACCGGCAGGCUACGCCAUCGACGCUGAUCCAUAAUAAUAAUCCCCCAGCUGGAGAACAAACAACAUCUGGGCGUGGAGAGACGGGAGAGGGCGAAGUCUCAGCAGGGUGGGCGGCAGAUGGUGACACUGCAGCAGCACUUCUCCAGCAUGGAGGAGACGGUGCGAACGCUUCUACAAAACCAGGACUCUCUGGAGGGGCCCAAGGUGGACCCACUGGACCUCAUGAAAGCAUACAAGGACAAACUCCUGGAGGAGAUGUGGAAGCAGCAGGACAGUCUGGAGGGUCCCACGGCCACAGCGGCAGAGAGGCCCGCCUCGCCGGAGGCUGGCGGCGGUGGAGGAGGGUCAGAAGAAAACUCAAAGGACAGCAAUCCCCUGCUAGAGCGACUCCGAGCCCUGGAGGCGGAGAACUCGGCGCUGUCGAUGGAGAAUGACAAUCAGAGGAAGCAGUACGAGCGCUGUCUGGACGAGGUGGCGAACCAGGUGGUCCAGGCCCUCCUCACGCAGAAGGACUUGAAGGAGGAGUGUGUGAAGCUGCGGACCCGCGUGUUUGACUUGGAGCAGCAGAACCGCAUCCUGAGCGUGCUGUUUCAACAACGUGUCAAGAUGUCCACGAUCCCCGUCUCCCAGGAGGUCCAAAGGAAUGGAAAAGCGGGAAUUCCUGCAGGAAGGUGGCCCAGCCUGCUGAGUCUAACAUGUCCACGCAGUAGUGGUAGUGGCAGCAGCAGUGAAUUGUCCCUAUCCAGUGCUUGUAGCGAGUACUCCAGUGGCUCCCAUACUUGGGCAGAGGGACGUGGGUCCUCCAAGCAGAGUGCGACGAGCCGGGACAAAAGGAUGAGUGCUGGUUCGGUAUCCAGCAACCACUCUGCACACAUCGAGACAGAACUGGGAUGGAAGGAGGGCCACAUCCUAAAAGGCCUGAAGCGUCUCCAAAUGAGUGGCUCAAAAGAGGCAUCCUCGCUUGCAUCUGUACCACACUGCAAAGAUUGUAUGACCUCCAAUGAGGGCAUAUACUCUUUUGGUGUCAAGUUUGGCCUACAGGGGAGUACAGCCAAGCAAGUAGCCCCAACAAGUAAACCCUUCAAGGGCAGUGCAGGGGUUGCUGGCCUAGACUCUGAUGAUGCAGAUGAUGAAUCACCUAAAUUGCAAAGUAGGGAAUCCAGUGACCACCCAACAAAAGAGCUUCUUUGCCUGGAGAAACUGGAUGUCACAAGGGAUGAUGACAACAAUUUUCAAGAAGUCCCUGUAAAACUUGAAGGGAAUUCUGCUCAUUUCCCCUCUCCUGUCACAGACAACUUUGUAUUUUUGGAGGGCCCUACUGUAAAACCUGGUGUAAGCCCAACAGAUAGCCUUACACAUCUGGAAGAGAAAAAAGACUCUCUAGAAAAACUCAAGCCUUCAGGCUUGAAGUUAAGUGACAGAAACAACAACCAGGAAAGGUCAACUGACCGUAAAUCCAGACUUGAUCAUGUAAAGAGACAACAGGGUAGACUUUCAAUCAAGGAUGCUGAAACAGGGACAAGUGAUGUGAGCUCUUCUAUUCCGCAUUCUGCAACAAGAGCUCUGAGCUGUGAGAGUGUGACCCGACAGCGUAGCUCCUCAAUGGAGGUUCCUCAUCGUAGAGACCAGGCAAUUCAAGCUGGAAGCGAAAGCCAGAAUUACACAAUCUCAGAAUAUUCGCAGAGGAAACCAAAACCUCAGCCUUGUGAGUCGGCCAGAAAGGCUUUCAUCCUGCGGAGCAAGAGUGCCGAUGGAGGACCGGAACAACAGAAGCAUACACACUCUCCUCUCCACCAAAAGCUUAUUAAGGGUCACAGGCCCAAAGGACAGUCAAACCCUUCUGGGCAGAGUGUUCCUAACAAAAGGACAAACCUCAGUAAAACACAUGAUCCAAGCAAGGGAGCACUGUCUAAAGUUGAGAAAGAUGAGAACAGUGUGCUAUCAACAAGUUCCAAGUCUCUCAAGAGUGUGCAACAACGCUCUCCACUUGCUUCCCCAGUGAAGAAUGCCAAGACAUUCAAACCUCAAAUGAUCAAUGAAUCCUCAAAGAGCCCGACAAAGCCACCGUUGCAAAUCACCAGACAUCAAUCAAGCAGCGACUCUGUGGAAGAGAGCAUCUAUGACAACUUGCCCUGCUCUCCACGAAAACAACGACGCCAAGACCAGCACUGUGAUGCUUCCCGUUCAGAAGUUAGGUCCCCAUCGCCGCCACUACCCCCCGGUCGAACUUCUUCUCUUUUUCUCAGACCCAGUUCUGAUAUCCUACCCAAAGGACAUACGUCUACAGGUCAGGCUCAAAGCUCUACUACUGGGAAGAUGACAUCAAUCACAACCAAGCAACAAUCCAGUCUUUCUUCUGUUUUACAACCUCAAACAGCCAACACAACAAAAGACAAUCAAAUGGGUGCGGAAGGUAAGGCAGUGAGAGACAUUCCUGCCAAAGUCUACCAUGCCCAUCCAUCUAAAAUACCAUCUGUCCCGGUUCAAGAGUCGCAACCUUCUGAGUCAGUACAGUUAUCUAUGGACAGAGCUGCCAUAUGCCAUGAAUGCCAUGAUGGUGUACCUUGUAUAUUGCCAAGUCAGAGCAUCUUACAAAGAUCCCAGCAGAGCAUCAGUGAGCCAAAACUCUCAGAAGUCUUACCUCAGACUUACGCCAAUGUUUACUACCACGGUAUACCCAACAAUCUUCAGAGUUCCACCUCAAGAGCUAUAAAAAUGGCUCUUCCUGUGAAUGCCAAAUCUCAUGAGGCAAUCUCAGGACAGGACACCUUCCUAGUUUUUGGAAGACAGAACAAAGAUGAUGCUACAGCUAAAAGUGUCCAGACCUUUCAGACUUUCACAUGUGAUCCGCAGAUGAUGCAUGAAUGUGCUGCCAAUGACAAAGCCCGCAGAAAGAUUGAAACUCGCUGUAACUCGUUGGAUUCUGAGCCCUCGGUUCAACCCGUUGCAUCAGACAGCGGUGUGAUGUUAGAUUGGGGUUACGACGAGGAAGGAUGGCUGUUUAAAAGGUCUGUGUCUGUGUCAACCAGACCUCCCCUGAAGCCGGUAAUGGGCAUGAAUGGGGCCAAGGCUCGUAGCCAGAGUUUUGGUGCCCGCUACAUGGACAGACCGAGCUUCAACAGAGCUGGAAAGGUCCGUACCCAGAUCAAAACACACUCAGGGAGCUCCUUGAACUCUCUUAGCGACGUCCUCCCGGGAAGUAUGAGUUGCUCCAGUAGCUACCAUUGCCCAAUGAAUCGAUCCCUUUUGAACAACUUCUUGAUUGAAGAGGGUCUGACAGUUCCCUCACAAUUGGGGUCCUCCAGCGAGAGACUUCAAAGUCUUAAACUACAACGAGAGCAGGCUAGGCGCCUUCAGAUUGAACAGCAGUUUUCAAGCGCCUUUGGAGAGCCAGUUUCUGAAGAACCAGAGAGACAAAGUACCAUAACCACAAUUGAAGAGAAGGUGAUGCUCGGCAUAGAGGAAAACUUGCAUAAGACUCAGGAACAGGAGAGAAGCGUUGAAGUGAAGCAAAAAUCUGGCUCAACUCUGGCAAAUUGGUUUGGUUUUCGUAAGAGUAAGCUUCCGGCUCCGAGCAGCAAAAAGACUGAUCCGCCAAAAGGAAAAGAGGAGAAGAGGGAGCAAAAGAUUACAUCUCUUCUGGGUGGAAAGCAGACAAAGUUGGACAAAAAGAGAGACAGAAGAAAAAGCGAUGGAAAAGACUGCUCUGUGGGGAGAAGAGAGUCUCAUGAUGCAGUGCGGGCAUGCAUCUCAAUGCCCUGUCCAGGAAUGUCCCUGAAUGACAUACAAGGACAUUCUGACAUCAUCGGGGACCCAAAGAUGCAGAUGGGGAACCUGAGAGCUGACAGUGAAAACGGAUCCACAGUGAAGAGCCCCAACCAGGACUCUGUAAUAGGCUUCGGCUGCAAGAUGCGAACGUUGGACAGUGGGAUCGGGACCAUCCCGCUUCCUGAAUCCUGUUCCUUCUUCUCCUCCAUCCUGCACCUCCUCCCCAAAUCCUCAUCAACCCCAGAACAGUCCCUCAGUCCUCCCAGUGUCCCCGGUUCCUCCAGCGAGGACGUGUCUCCUUCCCCAUUACCCCGGUGGAGGAUACCCUCCAGCUUUAAGGACAGCAGCCAUGCGGGGGUGCCGAACUCCCUGUCCGACUCCUCCAUGACCCAUGUCCAGUCAGUGCCUUUCCCCACUGUGGCCUUCCUCCAGCCCAUCCAACCCCAGUCUCAACCCAUAGUGACCUCUGCCAGUGUGUGUGACACCCAGAGCAGGCUACCCAGAGCACCACCAGGUGGAUUGGAACCAAAGAAGAUGACCUAUGUCAAAUCGAAAACACGAACCGCUCCGAGCCAACAGAAAGAACAGACAAGACUGCAGCUUGCCAACUAGUUUAUGAAGCCGAAUGCGUCAACGUGAAUGGAGGAAUCAGGCAAUCAGCGGGAUUUAUCACUGAACACACACACGGAUCAUCCCUAAAUCCCACCGUCUGCACGCUGAGUCUGUGCAUCAGGAUGAAACUGGAAAACAAGCCAGCUCGGCGAGCCAGGCUUCCACCUGCGCUCAGUGUAGUGUUGAGAUACUGAGUAGCCUUUCAGGUGUAGUAAUGAACCUUCUGGCAGCCAUUUUGGAGGUCUGCAGCUCGUUGGCAUCAGCUGUGAGCUGCUGAUGGAAUUUGUCUAAAUGUAGCUACGACUCUGCUGUCGCACAGGACAGCAGGUGAACACACAUGCUCAUUUUCUCUGCUGGUUGUUUUUUUUGUUUGUUUGUUUGUUUUCCUUUCUCUCACCGUGGAGAAAAAAAACAACUCCACAAACAGAAAAGUGACAGAUUUGUUUGUUCGUGUGUUUCUUUGUUUUAACAGCAUCAGGUGAACCACUGUAGCACCUCCACGGCUACCUGAAGUCAUCAUCAUCAUCUUAUGAACAUAUCUAAUAAAAAGCUAACACAUAGGCCCAGUUUAACGUUACAUUAACAUUACCAUGACAUAAUCAUACCCGUUAGCUAACGAAGCUAACUGCGCUCAAGCUGCUGGACAACCAGUACAUGAAAACAGCUUCCUGUGUUUCACUGACCUCAUCACAACAACUUCAAAACUAAUUUGUGAAAUAAAUCGAUCUGCUGUUGCAGCCGCCAUCACUUACAGGAUAUUUCUCAAAUCACAACUCAAACACUGUUUUGCACUACAGUGAUAAAACCCUGUCACCUACAAAUGACAUCCACAAACACAGGAAAUAUUUGGGCUCUUGGAUUAUUUUUAUCAACCAAACAAAAUAAAACCUGUUGUCCCUCUGGUGAGAACAGAAAGAUUACUAGUUUUGGUUAUAACUCAAAGCACGGUGUAGGAAACAUGGUCGUCUUAAAGGUUAAAUAUUGGGCCAAUGGUUCCACGGCUAACUGAGCCAUGAGCUAACUGGCUAACGGUCGCUAGCUAGCAUAAAAGAAAGCUCGCUCUUGCUGGCAGUAUUCAACAAAUCAUAUCUUUACGUCAAGUUGAAGUUUAUAAGUAGCAUUAUUAAGGACUCAUUAUGCAGAACGGCUCCUUCCACAGUAUGAGAAAAUCACAUUAUUCUGUUUUUAUCAAUAAAUACACGUAAGAGCGUUUUAAUGUUGGAAGUUUAUCAGUGUGGAGCAGAUUUUAGAAACCACAGUACUGGAUGAUAGAUCAGCAGUAUUAAACUGCAUCAUAUCAUAUUCCCAUAUUGUGUUUUUAAUGUAAAAGAAACUAAUAACUACAGCUGUGAAGAAAUAUAUGAAAUAUCAUGGAAGUAUAAAUUAGCAUAUAAAAUGGUGGACAGCGCUUGAGUAAAUAUACAUUCUGCCACUGGCUUUAUGUUGUUAUUUGACACAAUUAAGGAUUUUUUUUUUCUGCUUUUGUUAAUUAAAUGUUUUCACUUUGGGGCAAAACGAAUAUAAAACACAACAAUACAUGUAGCUACAAAACAGUAUCGCCUUAAAAAUCUUAGCAAACAGACACGUAGCAACAUUAGCUUCCAAUUUGACAAAUACAACGUUCAAAGUUUUCUUUUUAUCUCUGUUUUGGUCUCCACCAACGCUUCCGCUGUCGACAACAUGAACUGGUGUCGCCUCCUGUGUGGCUGCGUCCAAAACCAGAGGACGUUAAAAAUCAUCCUUUAACUCCAUUUUUAUCAUCAGAUAUACUGAUUAAUGCAGGUAUGAACGUUUAAAUACCACCAGACCUCCAUAAUGGCACCGGGUCACUUUCAGAGACUGAGACACCUCCACAGAAAAAUCCUGCUGAACAAAGAUUAUUUAACCGUGUUCAUUUUGAGAUGUUCAUGUGAAGAUCUGUUUCUGUCUCAACGUACUUCGUCUCUAAAAACUACAAUAACUAUGUCGGUAAUUUAUCUCUGGAGCAAAUCAUCCGAUGGAAACGUAUGAAGCUGAGACUACAGACUUCCAUCCUUCUGUACAGCACUUACUACUGAUCGCCAUUCAUGAGCUCUGUACCUGACUGAGUAAUGUGAUUCUUUAACGUGUGCACUAUCUUGUUGGAAACUGUUUGGUUUUUUUUUUUAUAAUUGUCACAAUGUUAAUAUGCAUGCGACGACCCUCUGGCUCACUCUAACCACAGAAAUACACCUGGAAUUCAAACGUAUGAAGAGUUUCACCACAAGAGGUGGAAAAUACUGAGUUUAUAAUCUGUCUGUUAAAGGGGGAUUCCAGUAUUUAUAAACUUGGACUUUAUAUUUAUGUAUUUAAUGUUUGUUUUGUGUGUAAAUGAUCCAUAUUUAUCUGAUUUUUUUUAGAUCUCCUGAGCUUUUAGCUGCUACAGGGCUCCAGUGUUCUCGUUUGUGGCACUGCGACCAUCACUGAAAGUGUCUGACAGGCUGAGUUUUGGAUUCUAAGUGUCUGAAAACAUUGUGGACACAGUUCCUGAGGAGAUGGAGCUUUUUUAAAACAUAGUAAUGUAGGUCUUUCUCAGGAAACUCAGAAGAGGUGAGGAGAGUUUUUGCAGGAAGACGACGAUGAAGACGUCAGAGAGUUGGAGAGAGGAGUUUAAAGUUGAUGCAAGCUUGGCUGAAUAUUUAACAAUAUUGUUUUGACCAUUUAACUUCUCCUUGAAUGAGAUGUGUUUCUCAUUACAGAAAGGAUCUUAUUAUUCAACCCAACUGCCAGAUUGAAUGUUAGCUAAGUAUUUUUCUGUAAAUCUAAAGAUAAGUUCAAGCUAACUUUGUGCAACUUGACUAAUUCUCUGGUUAGGUUUAGACACAAAAAACACUUGGUUGGGUUCACAAGAGAAUCAUGAUUUGAUUAAAAAAUCGCCACAAAUCUCCAAAAUUCUCCUUCCAACACCUGGUUCUGUCACCUCAGAUGUGGCUGGACCUUCUGAGAAAAAACCUGGACGUAUGUUUGGUUUGCAGGGACGUUAACAGCUAACAUUAUAUCCUGGCGACUGUAUUAUUAUUAUUAUUAUUAUGUUAUGAAACAAACAGGUCUAUCUCCACAGGAAUCAUUCCUGUAAUGUCAGACAUUUAAAAUUUAAUUCUCAGCCUGUCAGUGACAAAAACAAACACUUUACGUGGACGUAACAUUGUUGCCCCAAAGGAUUACACUGCAGCCAUGUUGUAUACGUAAAUAUGAGGCCCAGGUUUAAAAAUACUCUUUUUAAUGAAGGUGUUUUGUUUAUAUGAACCAUCGUGACUCUGACGCCUGUCGUCUUGUACUGAAACUCUUCACACGUGACCUGCAUUUAAUUCACGUGUCCACAGUUAUGACAUCGAGACAAAGCAGUGAGUUUUGCAUGUGACCUUAGUUAUAAAGCACCUGCUGUAGUCGGCACAUUGUAGACAUUGUUGUGCUAUAGCUCAGGGAAAAUACCAUUAAUUGUCUCUGAUCGACGCUGUGGAUUUAAAAAAAAAAACAAAACAAAACAACAUUUCACCAGAUUUCACCGUAACAGUUUGAGUAUAUUUACCUGAACUCUUGUCUGGUUUUUCGUCUGUACAUUUAACUGUAAGAUAUCUCACCACGGUUGCUCGGUUUCUCUCUCUCUCUCUCUCUCUCUCUCUAUUACGUAUGCUGUGUCCUAUUAAUAGUAACGUUUUUUGGUGUUUUGAAUGCAUCCCGGCAUAUUUGACGGUUUUAGCUGCUUCGCUGUGUUUUCUCCCCUCCUCACAACCUUCGUCGGCUCCUUACGCCUUUUCAUGUGUAGAUAUUUUUUGCCAAAAUCUUUGUGUAUUGCCAAACACAGCUCUGAGCUAAUCACACACACACACAGAAAAUGAAUGCAACUGAAUCUACAUAUCAGACUCAUCAUGGUGACUAUAGCCAUAUUCUAGACAGUUUAGCGUGAUGUAGAACAUAAGGAGCACCGUCAUGUUGCACAAUAUCAUCAGUCACCUUUGCAUUGUAUUUACCUCCUCUUUAAAUCUUUACUGCUACACACGUAUGUUGAUAAUUAAAGUGGCGUUCACGACCUAAAGCAACACGCGGGUUUAAUAAACGAUGUAGCGUUGGCGGCGAGGCGUUAACGGAUCAGGGAACAGAUUGGCGGUAUUGAUACGGGUAGAUGGAGCAUGGCGUCUGUGUUUUUAAAAACGACUCACUCUCACAAGAGUAUUGUAUUUUUUUAACAUUUAAUCUAAACGCCCUGUAUUUGUACUCAGCACUGAUGAGUGUAAUUUACCAUUUAUUGCACAUAUUGUUACUCACUCUUACAGUAAUCCUCCUUCUAAAUGUCUUUUUUUUUUUUUUCAGAACCCAAUAAUAACAGUGAUGUUCUCGUGUGACGGUCACCUUAACAGUUCGAUCUGAGAAUUGUAUAUUACUGAUAUUCUUUGUUUUAUGUAAAAGAAGAAAGAAAAAAAUAAACUAUUUCAAUACUUAUACAACA